GACGCCGUCCACCGGCCACGCGCGCCUGCAGCUGCGGGGAAUACGAGGAAUCCAGCCAAUAGGAAUGUGCAACUGCGGUCCUGUCGGCCAAUCGCAGGGCGUGUAGGGGGUUGGCCGUCUUGGCGCUAGCUCCCGGGAUAUGGAGCGGCCAGCGCGAGGGCGUCCUGUCAGGUGGUUGCGGAGCCGGUAAGAAUCCUAUUCUAAGAGCUCGGACACUCAGGCAUCUACCAUGGUGUUGGGUCCUGAACAGAAGAUGCCAGAUGAUGAAGUUUCUGGAGACCAUGGGGACUCUCCCAGUCUUGGUGCACUCAACCCUGCCUAUAGUACCUCAUCUCUCCCCCAGUCCGAGGAGCACUCACAGGAGCCCUUUACCACCUACUUUGAUGAGAAGAUCACCAUUCCUGAAGAAGAGUAUUCUUGUUUUAGCUUUCGUAAGCUCUGGGCUUUCACGGGACCUGGCUUUCUUAUGAGCAUUGCCUACUUGGAUCCAGGAAACAUCGAAUCUGAUUUGCAGUCUGGAGCAGUGGCUGGAUUUAAGUUGCUCUGGGUUCUAAUGUUGGCCACCGUCGUGGGGCUGCUGCUCCAGCGCCUUGCAGCCAGACUGGGCGUGGUCACGGGGUUGCAUCUUGCUGAAGUGUGUCAUCGUCAGUAUCCCAAGGUCCCACGAAUUAUCCUAUGGCUGAUGGUGGAGUUGGCUAUCAUUGGCUCAGAUAUGCAAGAAGUUAUUGGCUCAGCCAUUGCCAUCAAUCUCCUGUCUGUAGGAAGGGUUCCUCUAUGGGGUGGAGUUCUCAUCACCAUUGCAGAUACCUUUGUAUUUCUCUUUUUGGACAAAUAUGGCUUACGGAAGCUAGAAGCGUUUUUUGGCUUUCUUAUCACCAUUAUGGCCCUCACAUUUGGAUAUGAGUAUGUUACAGUGAAGCCCAGCCAGAGCCAGGUACUCAAGGGCAUGUUCCUGCCAUCCUGUUCAGGCUGCCACACCCCACAGAUCGAGCAGGCUGUGGGCAUCGUGGGAGCUGUCAUCAUGCCACACAAUAUGUACCUGCAUUCUGCCUUAGUCAAGUCCAGACAGGUAAACCGAGCCAAUAAGCAGGAAGUUCGAGAAGCUAAUAAGUACUUUUUCAUCGAAUCCUGCAUUGCUCUCUUUGUUUCCUUCAUCAUCAACGUCUUUGUCGUCUCAGUCUUUGCUGAAGCAUUUUUUGAAAAAACCAACGACCAGGUGAUUGCAGUCUGUAGAAAUAACAGCAGUCCCCACACUCACCUUUUUCCUGAUGAUAACUCAACACUGGCAGUGGACAUCUACAAAGGGGGUGUAGUACUGGGAUGUUACUUUGGGCCAGCUGCACUCUACAUCUGGGCUGUUGGGAUCCUGGCUGCAGGACAGAGCUCCACCAUGACAGGAACUUACUCUGGCCAGUUUGUCAUGGAGGGAUUCUUGAACCUAAAAUGGUCACGCUUUGCCCGAGUGAUUCUGACCCGCUCUAUUGCCAUCAUCCCCACUCUGCUUGUUGCCAUCUUCCAGGACGUAGAGCAUCUAACAGGGAUGAAUGACUUCCUGAAUGUUCUGCAGAGCUUACAGCUUCCUUUUGCUCUGAUACCCAUCCUCACGUUUACAAGCUUGCGGCCAGUAAUGAAUGACUUUACCAAUGGAAUAGGCUGGAGGAUUGCAGGCGGGAUAUUGGUCCUUAUCGUCUGUUCCAUCAACAUGUACUUUGUCCUGGUUUAUGUCCAGGAACUAGGGCAUGUGGCACUGUAUGUGGUAGCUGCUGUGGUCAGUGUGGCUUAUCUGAGCUUUGUGUUUUACCUGGGUUGGCAAUGUUUGAUUGCAUUGGGCAUGUCCUUCCUGGACUGUGGGCGCACGUACCAUCUGGGAUUGACGGCUCAGCCUGAACUCUACCUUCUGAACACAGUGGAUGCCGACUCACUUGUGUCUAGAUGACUGACAGCCCACGAGACUGUAUAAGAACUACUUUGUCUUAAUCCUUUUGUGCCAGGUGUCCUGUUAACAUAUCUCUGUUAGUUCAGAGGUGAGUUUUGUUCAGAUGUUUUGAACAAAAGGCAAAGAUUUCCUCAUGGGAAAGGCAUUAAAAGCUGACAGCUGUUAAAUGUAGGACAGAGACCCACCCGCCUCCCCUGUCCUACAACAGCCAGAGCUCAAUGAUUGGCCUCUCGUGGCCACACAACCCUAUGGGCUUGUGUCUUGACUUCUGGCAUUUAAAAAUAUAUUUGUGUAUAUAUUUAUGUAAACCUGAACAUAUCAAUUUGGGUAGAGUUUUAAGGUUAUAUAAAAUUGAUAGGUCUUAUUUUUUUGAAGAUAGUAUUCAGAUAAAUCAGAUAUUUGUUUUAUCUGGGUCACAGGUGAGAAAGGAGAGGGAGUAAUGCUCUUUUUUGGAAUGACCUGGUCAAAUUAACUUACCUUUUAAAGUGAUACUUGACUAUGGCCGGUUAAAUUCCAUGUCAGUUUUAAUCGACCAGACCCUUAGCGACUACUUCAUACCAGCACAUCAUUUCUAAGGAAAACAUUUCUUCUUUUCAGCAUUCAUAUUUGGUCCUGGUUAUUGAUGUGCUUCUUAAUUAUAAUUCUCUCUGUUACUUUUCUUGAAAUCUUAUCGGAGGAAUGAUGGUAUUUUCUGAAGAGCUUAAUACCUUGUAAUAAGAUUCAGAAACCAUGCUCUAACCAAUGAUCAGUUUUCCAUGUGACAUUAUAACUCAGCCCAUUUUACCAUUCAGGUUUUUAGGUAUAAAAAGAAGAAACUUCUAACAUUUACUUUUAUAAAGAUAUUGAUGGACAUAUUUGUUUUCUUUCUAAUGUUUAGAGUCCUACCAUGUGUUUUCUUCCCAUUUUUCCCAU